AUGAUUCAACCACAUAUCAACCUUGAUAAAAAGAUUGUAUUAGAGGACUUUAUGCAAUGGACAGAAGAAGAUGUUCAGAUUUGGUUGAGAACAGUAGUUGAAGAUGGAGAUCUCUAUGCCGACAUGAUAUCUUCACAAAGAGUCAAAGGAAAAGAUCUUUGUAAUUUGACUUACGAGAGACUCAUUCAACAUCCUUUCAACUUGAUUGGUGGUUAUGCUCUUAGAUUAGAAAGACAAAUUAAAGAUCUUAAAUAUAACUAUUAUAAAAGUGUUGGUUUAGAUUAUUAUGAAAAAGUAAAAGGAGCAUUAUAUACUGGAUAUUCAAUUGGAUAUAAAUAUUCAUCGAUUGUUUAUAAAUAUUUACCAAGUAUUCCAUUGGAUAGAAUUUUAAAGAGAAAUCAACAAUCUUUACCAACUACCAAUCCAAUUUUGGAAUCGACAGCCGACAUUAAUGCCAAUGGCAGUGAAAAUUACCGAAAUUCUUUUGAUUCACUUGCCACUUCAUCUUCCAACUUUUCAUCACCAUUCUCAAUGGCACAAGACCACAAUGUUACGCCAAUCGAACCACAAGUCUUCCAUUCCGAAUACCAUAACCCACCACCCAUUCCACAACAACAAGAAGAAUCAAACAUUCACAAUCAUAGUGCCAUUGUAGGUGAAGUUGCUCCACAACAUCAAUACUAUGAACAACAACAACAACAACCAUCUUUUACCACUACCCAACAACCACAACAACCUUUGUUUUAA